AUGAUCGAGCAUGCACAAUGGGCAGGCGUCCCGGAAGCUAAGGGAUAUUUAGCAAUUGCUCAUGGGGAAAAACAGCACAACAUGGCUAAAGUGUAUGCUGGUUACUAUUCUUAUGCUCAAAAAAGAGUUCCAAUCAUAUUGGUGGUAAAAUGUGGUACACCCCAGGAGCAAGAUUCGACAAAGAAACCCGGAAAUCGUGGAAAGCGAGAUUCCCAGCUUAUUCUUAUCAAUUUCCUUUCUAGAGUAACAUUCAACGAUCGCAUGACACCGCUUGACUAUGAUAUUUUUUACAAAAUUCAAGGGCUAUCAAAUAUGAUGCCUGAUGUAUUUGAAUUGCUACUUAUGGUUGACGCUGAUACUUUUGUUCAUCGCGAUUCGUUGAGGCAUAUGGUUCAGGCUAUGAAGAAUGAUGAGCGGGUAAUGGGAUUGUGUGGGGAAACUCGUAUUGCAAAUAAGAAUGAUUCUUGGGUGACUAUGAUUCAAGUCUACGAGUACUUUACAUCACAUAAUCUUGGAAAAGCAUUCGAGUCACUUUUUGGCGGUGUAACCUGUCUUCCUGGUUGUUUUUGUAUGUACCGCAUUAAAUCUCGUAAGGGAAAGUCUAUUGUUCCUCUUAUAGUCAAUCCAGACGUUGUAGAAGAGUAUUCUGAAAAUGUGGUUGAUACUUUGCACAAAAAAAACCUUCUUUUGCUUGGCGAAGACCGAUUUCUCAGUACUCUAAUGUUACGCAAUUUUCCCAAAAGGCGUAUGGUGUUUGUUCCACAAGCACUGUGCCAUACUACAGUACCUGAUAAAUUCAGAGUUUUGUUGUCACAGAGACGAAGAUGGAUCAAUUCUACAAUUCACAACCUGCUUGAACUGGUUUUAUUACCCGACUUGUGUGGCAUAUUCUGCUUAAGUAUGCAGUUUGUAAUCAUGCUGGAGCUUAUUGGAACAGUCGCGCUUCCUGCUGCAAUUACAUUUAUGUAUUAUCUUCUCAUCGAGGCAAUGGUAUCAGGAAAACCGCAGGGACUUCCUUUAAUUUUUCUUGCAAUUACGCUUGGUCUUCCAGGUGUACUGAUUAUUAUUACAACACGGAAACUGGUUUACGUUGGAUGGAUGUUUGUGUAUCUAGUAGGACUGCCGGUUUGGAAUUUUAUUCUUCCUCUCUAUGCUUUUUGGCAUUUUGAUGAUUUCACCUGGGGCGAUACUCGUAAAGUUGAAGGAGAAAGCAAGCAGUUUGAUCAUUCCAAUCAAGAGGGCUCAUAUAAGAUCGGUGCAGUGCAGCUGAAAAAGUGGGCUGAAUGGGAGCAUGAGCGUCGUCUU